GAGUCUUCUAGGCGCCCCCCAAAAAAAGUUUCUAUUUCCUAACUCUACUUUGGGAGUAGAUUGCGGGGUCUAAAAUAGUAGAACUCUCAUUCUUCAAAAUCUCCCCAACUUUUUAUCAUUCAUACACCAUAUAAUAUCAAAUAACACUAAAUCCCUUCAUCCCCCCCACACACACAAAAAAAAAAGAUGCAAUUUUUUAAAGUAAACAGCAAAACCUCAUCUUGUCAAGGCAUCAAAAGUCUUAUUUUAAUCUCUUGUUUUGUUUGCGCAAUCUACUUUCUAUAUCCAUUUAUUCUUGUCCCAAAUUCCAAUUUUCUUGAUCAUAACUCAACUAUAUCGCAUGACCAAUAUGAUUUAUCAUCAUCAAUUACUCUUCAAAACGUUGUUUUUGGAAUUGCGUCUAAUUCCAAAUCAUGGCCUAAGAGAAAAGAAUAUGUCAAACUUUGGUGGAAGCCAAAUGAAAUGAGAGGUUGUGUGUUUCUUGAAAAGAAAUUACCAGAUAGUACUACUUCAACAAAUGAUUCAAUUAUUCUUCCUCCAAUUUGUAUUUCAAAGGACAUUUCAAGAUUUCCAUAUACAAAUAGAGGUGGUAGUCCAUCAGCAAUUAGAGUGGCACGUGUCGUGUCUGAGAUAGUCGCACUUAAUCUUAAUCAUUCAAAUGUCAAGUGGUUUGUUUUUGGAGAUGAUGAUACAAUUUUUUUCGAAGAAAAUUUGGUGAAGACAUUGUCUAAAUAUGACAAUGGACUUUGGUAUUAUAUUGGAUCAAAUUCAGAAAGUUUUAUACAAAACAAAUUUUUCUCAUUUGAAAUGGCUUUUGGUGGUGCUGGUUUUGCUAUAAGUUAUCCAUUGGCUAAAGUUUUGGCUAGAGUAUUGGAUUCAUGUAUAGAGAGAUAUCCACAUCUUUAUGGAAGUGAUGGUAGAAUUCAUGCUUGUUUAACUGAGCUUGGUGUUACAUUAUCACAUGAACCAGGCUUCCAUCAGAUGGAUGUUAAUGGAAAUGCAUUUGGAUUAUUAGCUGCACAUCCGAUUAGACCUUUGGUAUCUCUACAUCACAUGGAGAAAAUUGAUCCAAUUUUCCCUUACAUGUCAAGAAUGAAGGCCCUGCAACAUUUGUACCAUGCUGCGACAUUUGAUCCACACAGAAUUUUGCAGCAAACAGUAUGCUAUGAUAGUAGAUUUUCGUGGACAAUUUCAGUGUCAUGGGGCUAUGUUGUACAAAUUUUUGAGCACAAUGUACAAAUGCCUGAUGCGCAACGCGUGCAGGAGAGUUACUUGCCCUGGAAAAAGAAUGCUUACGGUACACUUUAUGAGUUCAAUAAUAGGAAAUUUGAGUCUGAUCCAUGUAGAAGGCAGGUUGUUUAUUUCUUGGAUGAAGUGUCUAUGGGAAUUGAUGGGAUCAAGACCAUUUACAAGAAGAAAACAUCAGAAAAUUGCAUAUUGAGCAAGAAUUCACCAAGAAAAUUAGAAGAAAUCAGAGUGUUCUCUCACAAAUUAGAGCUUGACAAAAAGCAGUUACUAGCACCAAGAAGGCAUUGCUGUGACAUAUUACCUUCUACAUCUGAUAAAGUGAUGGAAAUAGGGAUAAGGCAAUGCAGAGAAGAUGAACUUAUUUACAUGCACAAGUAGAUAUUUUGUGUGAAAGUUUUGAGCAGAAAAAUUCAAUUUAUUUACUAGUGACAAUAUUUAGCUGCAAAAGAUACAGAGCGAAUUCAGAGUCAGAUAAUUAAAUAAACAGGAAAUCACAGUUUUU